UCCACCAUUGAAAAGCAGCACAUAACUCUCUCUCUCCCUCUGUCUCCCCCUUUGAGCUUGGUAAUUGGGUUUUAACCUUCUAAUUUAAUGAUAUUAAUCUUUGGGGAAAAAGAUUAAUGUUAGAUUAGGGUAGGUGUUAAUUGUAAAGGAGUUCAACGCCACAUCAUCAAUUAAAUCUAAAAACCCCCAGAAGAGUGAAAAACCCUACGCCGAAGAAGACGAUGCUUGUAAUGAAAUUAUAAUAGAGAAACAGAGAGAGAAAAAGAGAAAAAUGGCGAUGCUUCUGAGACGGGCGAUUUCUUAUAGAAACUCAGUUAUGCUUAUUCGGAGCUGUAAUAGUAUCAUCCAAACUCGCAAUCUCCUCUCCAUCCCUGUAAUCCCUAAAGCUCAAAUCUUGCCUUCCUUUGAUUUCCUCAAAGACAAUCGUCGAGGCUUUGCCAAAGGCAAAAGAUCAAAGGAUGAUUCUGCUGGUGAUACGGUUCAAGUUGUCCCUGAUAUUGGGCCUACUAUUAAGGCAGUCGCUGCCUCGCAGAUGGAGGCUGCAAUGGUCGCAUUGUCUCGUGAGUUAGCCAAAUUGCGGACAGGACGGGCAUCUGCUGGAAUGCUUGAUCAUAUAAUUGUUGAAACUGAUGGUGUAAAACUGCCUUUGAAUCGGUUGGCUGUUGCUGCAGUCAUAGAUCCUAAAACCCUGUCUGUGAAUCCAUAUGAUCCAAAUACCCUUAAGGCACUAGAAAAGGCCAUUGUUUCGUCACCAUUGGGUUUAAAUCCUAGAGUGGAUGGUGAACGAUUAAUCGCAUCUAUACCACCAUUAACCAAAGAGCAUAUGCAGGCUAUGUGUAAGGUGGUUUCCAAGUCUUGCGAAGACGUUAAACAGAGUAUAAGAAGGGCUCGCCAGAAGGCACUAGAUACAAUAAAGAAAUCAGGUUCCAGUUUUUCCAAGGAUGAAGUCAAGAGACUAGAGAAAGAAGUUGAUGAUUUGACAAAAAAGUUUGUCAAGUCAGCAGAAGAUAUGUGUAAAGCGAAGGAAAGGGAAAUUACAGAAGGCUGAUCGCAUAGUAUUAUUGUUUUGAGGAUAACUUGAGGCCAUACCGCUUAGAUUCAGAUUUUAUGCCAUUUGUCAGCUCUAGUGGCCACAGUUUACAUAGUAAUCUUCUUGGAAUGGAAACUCAAAUGACAGUGUUAUUCAAUCAAGCGCUGUCGAAUAUUUACAUUUAAACGUGCAGAAAUGGACGCCAUUAAGGUUAUCAAGCACCCAAUAAAAUUAUCCAGUUCCCAUACUUGUUUUUCUAAUCACAUUUGUGGAUUUUACAAUUGGACAGCCUUGGAUAUGAAUUUCCUAGAUGAAGAUGCUAUUCUUGUUCAUCAAUCUCAUCUGA